AUUCUAUAUUCUCUUCCUCACAUUCCACAUAUUGAUCAUCUACGACUUCAUCUGGACGCGAGAACAUAUUCCACCGGCUUCGAAAACCCAAUUCUGCUGCGCAGCAGCAUUAUCAUGGCAUAUAUCGACAUGCAAACUCUCGAGGACGAGGUGGACUGGAGUGACGGUACCCUCGACUCCCCUCCAGCUCGUCCAGGUCUGGCCUCUUUGUCGGGAGCAGUACAACCCAUUAAACUGAGGGAAACGACGGUGGAGCAGAAGACAAUGACAUCACCUCCGGCUCUCCCUGAUUAUCUGCAACAACUACUGGACGGCAGUCGCGAAGUCCCCAAACCCAUCCGAUCUGUGCCAGCAGCAUCUUUAAACCACAACACAAAGAUUCCUCAGAGCAAUCAAAACAACGAUCAGUUUCUGGAGGACGCCAUUCUGUAUCAAGCCAACCAACGGGUCUACGAAGCUACCUUUAUCAAGACCUUCGUAGCUCAUGCCCUGGAUAGCAACACUCUCAACCUCGAAGCCUUUGCUAGCAACCCUGACGCCCUCGCGGUGAUCAAGGGAUAUCUUCAAAGCGUGUCGGAAAAUGUUGCGCAAUUGUCUGACAGGAUUGUAUGGAACACACACUACAAGACUGUCAAUGUUCUUUCUAAGGACAGCAACAAGGCUGUUCCGUUCCUUGAUGUUGACCGGUUCAAGAAAGACUUGUUUGGCGACUAUGCACCUCACCGGUUGGAUUCAGUUGUGCAGAAGCUGAACCAGUCCUGGCACAGAACCGGUCACCGACUAGGUAUGGUACAGUAUUCGGCUCUUGACUAUCCGCUCGACAAGCAAGGUUUUGCCCGUUCGCCAUUCCAAGAGAUCCAGGAAGCCUCCCGAGCUCUAAUGCGAUACGACGCAACUGAAAUGAGGAUGCCUAAGGGUCGCGUGUUCACCUUGACCCCAUCGAAAGCUGUUGAUAGUAUUACUGGUCACGGGCAAAGGCGUACCUCAGCUGCCGUACCUCCGAUGCAUCCGACUCUCCAGUAUGGAGAAAAUCGACCUGCAGUCAAGGAUGGCUCAAGGGAAGACAUAAUGAGUGGGGUAUUUGGGCAAUAUUCGACACUCACACCCGCAACAAGGAGACGUUCAAAAUCGACCCGUACCAGGCGCGUAGAGAACGAUGACAAUGUGCCACCGCGCCCAUCCGCGAUGGACACACUGCACAGCUUCAAGGAGAUGUUUCCUGAUUACAACCUAACCCAUCUUGAAGCACAUCUCAGCAAGCCGACUUUAGGAAGUCUGGUCCUAGACCGUUAUAAGCAGCAGCUUGCGGAGAGGGGUCGCCGUCAUCCAAAAGAAUCUAAUAAGCUCCCCCAGGACAUUGGAUCUAUCAUUGCAGGUGCUGUUUCCCGGAAUAUUCUAAAGCCUCCAUCCCCCGAGGUGCAGAGUACAAUUGACAGGCUUGCUAGAAAGCAGCUGUCAAGAGAAUUUCCCACUCAGCUUAGGACACGGAUAGUCUCUGCUUCACACACUAGCAAGGGGAACAGGAUGGACGUGUUGAAACGAAGGCGAGGAAGGCUGCAGAGCAGAAACAAGCAGGCCAACUCUAAGCGCAAGCGCGUACCAUCUAGAGAGCGACUCAGCAAGCGUACUCGCGUGGUGCCGGAGGCCGGUGUAUUGCUUCAGGCUGAAGAUGAUACUGGGGCAGAGAACGCAAGUAACUCCCAUAAGAAAGAAGAACAUCCCAGUGGCUCAAAGACUUUGGAACCGCACCAGGCCCUUCCCCCUGAGGCGUACUUCGAGAAGAAGGACGAGAAUGAGCAACUAGCCUGGCGCUGUGGUAUCAAGCAUCCCCUUGGACACUACUACAACGCCGGAGACCGUAGGGCAUGUCCCGGAUGCAACACCAAUAUUGAGCAUCAAACCCAUGCCGUUCAGAUGGACUUCUAUAUGCCUUCCAGGACAUGGUUCGCCCAACCAGCCCCAGACGUACUCUGGAAACCUCAACGAAGGAGUGGGAAACCCCUCAAGUGCCUGACCAGGUCCCAUAACUCCCUUGGCAAGGAGAUCUUUUGGGAAGCCGUCGAUGCUGGUGCCACAGAAGAUGAGGCGCGUCAACGAGCCGUCGACUUCCUGGCCGAAUAUCUCAAGCCGAAGCCAAAGCCUGAGAGGGUGUCUCAGCCAACUCCCCAGCCGAAAACUACUCCGGAACCUGUCGUUGAUCUUGGACCUCAUCCCAGUGGCUCUACGACUAUGGAGCUUGGCCAGAGUAUCCCCGAAUGCGCCUAUUUUGAAAAGGCUAAUCGCGAUGAGGUUGUCGCCUGGCGUUGUGACUCAGCUCAUGCCCUUGGAAGAUAUUACAUGGCGGGCGACAAGCGGUCGUGCCCUGGGUGUGGCUCUCACAUUCGUGGACCUGGCAAGCGUACCCUCAUGGACUUUUAUAUGCCUGCGGGUGCGGUGGUGAGGCAGGAGACGCAUGGUCCUGUGAAGUGGAAACCAAGGAGGCCUUAUAAGCGCAAGACGACGUCGGGGGAGCGAACGUUAGGGUUGUCGCAUAAUCAGAUCGCGGCACGCAAGGUCUGGAAGGCGGUGGACGAGGAGGGUCUAGCGUACGAGGAGGCUUUGGCAAAGGCGAUAAGGGAAACUGAUGAGGAACUCGACCGCAAAUACCUUAAAGUCGAGGCGAGGGAGGAGGACCAGGAAAAGGAGGAGGACAGUGAGGGUCUGGAGGAUGCCGAGGGUGUAACCGACGACGAAGCCAUGGGGGAGCCGCAAGAUGAGGAUCAAGCCAUGGCUUACGUUGAGGACGGAUUUUACGAAGCAGGUUAUGUGGGCGACGAUUUCAAGAUGGAUAAUGCUGGGCAUGACCCGUAUCUCUACACGGGCGGCUUUGCGAGGAAGGCUCCGGCACAGCAGAGUGCGCAGCCUGGUACGGAGGUGAUCUCCUUGGGAGACUCAUCUUCUGAUGAUGACAGCACGUCUGGUUCGGACACCGAGUAAGUGGCGACAUGAGGCCGGGAAGGGGAAGUGGCGCGAGAUGGUACAUGUUCGGUGUAUAUGCAUGCAUGGUGUUGGUUUUGGCUACUAGUGAUGAUGAGGAUCUGUGGAACUUGCAAAGGGGACCGGAGUGGCACAGGGGUGACAUGACGGAUUGGUUUGGACGGGCAUAUUGGGACAUGUCCCGUGAGG